CUUGCGACAUCAGUCACUCUAAAAUAAUACUCCGUCAGGCUUCACGUUAUUAACCAAUUCCUUUCCUUCGGCCAAAAAUGUCUGCUAUUCGAAUCCAUCCGCCUACUACGGCGUUGACGACAUCUAUCAAACACCUUACCUGCAACCCAAAUAACCUCAACCUCUUCACCACCAAUUCUCGCAAUUUCAAGCGUUCUGGGUUCAGAAGAAACCUAACCCCCAUCGCCAUGUCUUCCAACCCUCUCGAGGUCUGCGCCAAAUCGUCUAUCACUGUCCCCAAUAGGCUCGGCGACUGUCCUUUUACUCAGAGAGUUUUGUUGACUUUGGAGGAGAAGCAUCUUCCUUACAAUCUCAAAUUAAUUGAUCUUGCUAACAAACCAGAAUGGUUUCUAAGUAUUAGCCCAGAAGGUAAAGUUCCUAUCGUGAAGCUUGAUGACAAAUGGAUAGCGGAUUCAGAUGUUAUUACACAGACAGUAGAGGAGAAGUUCCCUGAACCACCAUUGUUGACUCCACCUGAGAAAGCUUCCAUUGGAUCAAAGAUUUUUUCAACAUAUAUUGGAUUCUUGAAAAGCAAAGACCCUAAUGAUGGAAAAGAAGAAGCUUUACUUAAUGAGUUAUCUGCUUUCAAUGAUUACAUAAAAGAAAAUGGCCCAUUUAUUAAUGGGAAGGAUAUAUCUGGUGCUGACUUGUCACUUGGACCAAAAUUAUACCAUUUGGAGAUUGUUUUAGGUCAUUAUAAGAAGUGGUCAAUUCCAGAUUCACUUCCUCAUCUCAAAACCUAUAUGAAGACUGUGUUCUCAUUGGAGUCAUUCACAAAAACUAUGCCACUCACAGAAGAUGUAAUUGAGGGAUGGAGGCCAAAAGUCAUGGGUUAAAGUCUUAAAUUAACUAUGUUACUUGCAUUUGUAAUUUUGUUAAAUUGUAGCAUUCAUUUGCAUUAUAUGUAGUAUAAGUGUUAUUUCUUACAACAAUUAAUCAAGACAAGUAACAUAUUACACAUAAUUUCCAUGUCAAAUAGAUGGCUACCACGUGUUUUAUGACAUGGU